ACCCUGUACAUUUUACUUGGAGUACUGUGAAUUUAUCCAAUGUGUCUGAUAAGAUUUGAUUUCUGUUUUCAGUUGGCCCCCUCAUAUGGAUACACAACCAAUUAGUCGGUGCUCAGGAAAGCACUAAUGUUAGCCUUGAAUGUCACACAGAAGCUCACCCAACUUCGGAAAAUUUCUGGCUCCGAAAUGGUGAACCUUUUGUCAGCAAAAGUUCUAGGUACCAGACACACAUAGAGAGGAAUUCCUAUGAAACCCAUAUGAAAUUAACUAUUAGGAAUUUACAACCGGAAGACUAUGGAUCAUAUCAGUGUGUGGCAAAGAAUGCUAUCAGUGAAACGGAAGGUUCAAUAAAACUAUUCAAGACUGUAAUUCCCACUCCCUCGCCUCCCAAGCCAGUCACGGAGGGCAUGCCAACCUUUCCAACGAGGAAAGUAAUAACAGUUGCGGUAACAACGGACCAUAGAUCUAUAUUCAAUGAUUUGGAGAGGCGUGAAAAUACGAAUGCUCCUGUAAAACAGCAGAAGUAUGGAGAUGGUAGAGUUUCUACUGACGGUGAAAACUCAGUGCUAAGAACUGAUUCUGAUGCAGUGAUUUACAUCCUAGUAUGUUUAUUGUCAUUAUGGUGGGGGUCGUCUUAUAAAUGCUGUCGGUAACAAAACUCAGCUUUUCCUUUUGCCAUGCAUGAUGAUGAUUGACUAAAGUUCAAAACAGAACAAAGGUAAUCAUUUUUUGGAACUUUCAGUUAUGAAAAAAGAAAUUUCCAAGAGAUUCACAGCAAUUCUGCGUCCGUCAAAUUCUUCCUUCGGCCGAAAUGAUAUUUUCUGUAAGAAGAAUCUAUUGAGAAACAAGGAAGAAUUUUUCAAACCAAUGGACAUUCACUCAAUAUGAAGCAACUAGGGUGCAUACUGCAAAGUAUUCAUGUAAAUAACUUCCUAUUGAACUUUAAUGUUGUGACAUUAUUCUUCAUAUGAUCUAAAAUAUCGUGCCAAAAUCAUAAAUCAUUAUAUAAUAUUAAAGUGUUUUAAUUUUUUUUAACAUUCAUACUGCUAAAAUGAAAAUUAAAAUUACAUUCUGCAAAGUAUAAUUUGGCGAAUUUGAUACGUAUGCCUAAAAGGUCUGCAUUAAAUACUGUUAUUUCUUUGUGAUAAAUGUUCAAUUAAUAUAUUUUUUCUUAUACUACUAAAUGACUAAAAUAAUAAUUUAUGUAUAAAUUGUACAGUAUUUUUAGAUUUGUUAUGUAAAUGGUAACAGCCUCUCUUUUACAAAUGGAAAAUACAUACUAAGUGUAUCGUGAAUUCCAUACUGAUAUGAAUUUUCAUUCCUUAACAAUAAAAUAUCUGAUUAUUUUCAGCAAGAAAUUCAUAUUCAUUGUAAAAAUAAUUUUAA